UCCACCAUGAGCUGCUCGCGAUGCUUUGGCGGGGCAGCUCUGGCGACGGCGAAUUCGAGCGCGCGAUCGGCUUCUACAACCGAGGAUUCCUGCGCCAGCGCCUCCAGCAUCUCAUCGGCCGUCGAAUCCUUCGCCGAGGUCUCGUCCUGCGGCGCCAAGAACCGGCGCCGGGACUCGCUCUUGAGGGAUUCAGACGUGGAAGCGUCAUCGCAGGGUCCUAGGCGCACGAGAAUGCGAUUAUCGGGCACGAGCGCAAGAAAUUCCAGCGCGAGAGCGGUUUCGAUCCAGGCCGACGGCGGAGGAGCCUACAUUCCCCCGCCGCUUCCGAAGAACAACGAUCUUGAGGAAUGACGUGACCGCUACCAGGAACGCGUCUCUAAUUUCUCUUUUGCGUGUUGUAGUUCCAUUUGAUCUUUGACCAAAUAUUUUUUCUUGUGAAA